CGGGGGAGUGAUUGACUGAUCUGCAGGUGUCAUCAGAAUCGUCACGUCAGUCGGUCACAGCCGUCGGUAUCCACACCACACCACACCACACCCACCACACAUGGAACAAACAAGGGUCUUGUUUGUAGGCCGCCCAAAACUGACUGACUGACAGGCACAUCGAUGCUCACACGCACACACACACACACAGCAGCUGACUGUUGUCAUGCUCACGCUACGGUCACGCUCACGCCCAUGCACACCACACACGAAGCAAUCAACAAACUCAUGCAGACAGACAGACAGACAGACAUGGCACAGCGGGGAGCCUUGCCUUGCCUUUCCUUGCCUGCCAGUCGGCCAGGCAGACACACGCUGGACGCCCGACUGCCUGGCCCACUGGCUGCAGCACGCAUCACUCGAUCCUCAAUAGACACGUCAGUCACGUGUGCCUCGAUGGGCGGAUGGAUGGUCUCACUCACAGGCGGACACAUCGAUAUCUAUCAGACACACCCAGACAGUGGCAGACAGACAGACAGGCUGCCAGCCAGCAAUCUUCCAGUCAGCUCCAUGAUCCGCCUUCAGGCUUAAAGCGAGCCGCGCACACAACCAAACGAAGAACCAGGGUGGCCGGGCGGGUCGGCCAGCAGCCAGUGUCAUGAUGCUGCGCCCUUGCUGAUGCGCUGUUAGCCACAUUCACGCACACACACACGCACACACACACACACACACAUGGAGAGAGAAGGAAAAGUGUGAGGAUCCUCUGUUGUCAGAGUGAGUGAGUGGGUGUGUGUGCAUACCUCUUGCCACCAGGGCUGCUCCUUGGCACCUCCCCGCCGACCCUUCUCGUUCUCCUGCUCCAAACUGAGAGACAGAGGAGAGGGAGGGACGGCAAAGACACACAACCGGUUGCUGGGCCUCCCCCCCUCUCUCUCUCUGUGUCUGUGUGUGUGUGUGUGUGUGUGGGUAUGGCGCUUUACGUGUCGAAUUGCUGGAUAAGUUCUCUCUGUGUGGUGUUGAGUUUGCCGGGCAUCUGGAGGUAGAAGUGGAGAAUCAAGUGACCGUAACCGCGACCAUCAGUGCGACGGGGGCCCUGCCACAAACACACACACACACACAGACACACACAGACACACACACAGACACAGCGAGAGAAAUGAAGGUGAUGUCUUCGGUUGGUGAUCUGCCCACCUUACCUUUCCCUUGAGGAUUUUGACGGUAUCGGGUGAGGUGCCUGGUGGCACGGUGAGUUUGAUGGGCUCCUGCAGGGUGGGCACCUCCACCUCACCACCGAGGAACGACUAACACACACACCGACCGACCGACCGACCGACCGACAGACAGAGAGGGAGAGAAUCCGGCAGAUGCAUCCGUCGUGCAGGCACAGAAGCACAGCCACCCCAUCCGCACUAACUAACCUGUUUGAGUGAGAUGGGCACGUUGACGUGAAUGUCAUCGUCGAGCCACCGGAACAGGGGAUGUGCCCGCACCUUGAUCGUCACAAACAAGUGGCCGGGCUUGCCGCCGUGCUCACCCGCAUGACCCUGGUCAUGCCACACAGGCACACAGGCAGGCAGGCAGGCAGGCAGGAGGACACAAGAAACACACACACACACAUAUGGACACUGACUGAACAGUGAUUCACAUCACUCCUUCCUACGGCGUUGGGUAUCCGCAUUUCCAUGCCGGAUUUGACCCCUGCGGGGAUGUCAAGGGUGAAGGUCUUGCUCUCCAAGACCGUCCCGCUGCCCUUGCAAGUCCUGCAAACACACACAUUGAGACAGACACAGAUUCGAUCCACUCUGGUCUGGCUGGCUGGGUGUGGUGUGUGGUGGUCUCAGUCCGUCCGUGGCUGACUGACUGACUUGCAGGGGUGUUUGAUGACCCUGCCGGUGCCGUUGCAGGUCUGGCAUGGGAUGCCGAUGGUGAGCGGCCCCCUCUCCAGCCGUCGCACCCCCUGCCCGUUGCACGCGCGGCACGUCUCCAGACCCGUACCUGGCGCACAUCCGGUGCCAUUGCACGUGCCGCACUGAGCCUUGGCCUGAUAUCGGAGCGUCUGAUGGACGGACGGACCAAGGGAGAGACAGGGAGGGAAGGAUCACGAGAAUGAAUGGUUCGGGUGGUGGUUGUCUGUCUGUCUGUCUGUCUGUGACGUCCGCACCUUGUCGCAUCCGUUGAUGCCCUCCAUGAAGUCGAUGGUCACCUCAGUCUGGAUGUCCUCUCCCCUCGACGCUUGAGCGAACCCAGAGAAAGCGCUGCCCAUCCUCCCUGACACACACACAGACAGACAGACAGACAGACAGACAUGUCAGCCCAGCCGAGCCCACACCGCACAAGCAGGUCAGUGCACACCACACGCGUCAUGUCAUGCUGGCUGUGUGCACACCAAAGAUCCACACCGACCGACCGAAUAUGUUGGCGAAGUCAGAGAACAUCCAGGAGGGGUCGCCGUGAAAGCCCUCAAAACCCCCCGCACCCGGCGCACCAUGACCCGCCUCGUCAGCCGACAUGCCUGGACGCACGGCACGGAUCACAUGGAUGGAUCAAUCCAAUCGCCACACACUCAGCCCUGCCAUGCCGUGGUUGUGGUUGUGCAGGCCUGUUGCAGGCCGUGCUGCCCGCCCGCCCACCUGUCUUGUCGUAGAAAUCUCUCUUCUUGGGAUCUGACAACAUCUCGUAGGCACUGCACACACACACACAGACAGACAUACAGGCAUCCACUGCGGCAGACACCCGCCCGCCCCUCGUGUACCCCCACCUGGUGAUUUCUGCCAUUUUCUGCUGAGAGCCCUCGUCUUUGUUGAUGUCGGGGUGGUACUUCUUGGCCAGAUGCCUGAAUGCCUUCUUGAUCUCGUCCGUGCUGGCCCCCCUGCCCACGCCCAGCGUCGCAUAGGGGUCCUUGGCGGUCCCCUGACACACAACACGGCUCAUGUGCAGCGCCCUUCCCCUGAUGGAAGGAUCCAUCUGCCGCGGCGACGGCACGGGGAUCUGCCGCCGGCUGGGUGGGAUGCCGGGUGGGGAUGUGUCGGUGUGGCGCCUGCUGAUGCUGGUUGCCCGAUGUGGGCUGACGAGGCUGCACAGAGGCCGGUGGUGCUGCGAGGAGGGGGAUGGUGGAAGGCAUGAGCAUGACUGGGUGAGGAAGUCUGCUGCCUUCUCGUGCUGCCGCGCUGCAAGCCUCGUUAGAGCCGUCGCUGGCCGGGUGAUCAUCGCCUUGGACACCCACACGACUUGGUAUCACAAAGCAGUGGCUGAACUCAUCUUUGC